AUGGCUGAUGUCUUCAAAGGCCUGAACCUCAUUGAGGCUCUCAAAGAGUCAAUGGAGAGCAACAAGUUAUCUGAUGUGAAGGACGCCAUGGACGAUCUACUCAUCAGUAGGAUCAACCUAGCUGUUGUGGGCGACCGUGGAGAAGAAAAAGCCUCCUUCAUGAACUCCCUUCGAGGCCUUGGGCCUGAAGAUGAGGGUUCAGCCCCUUUUAAAUCUCCUGUUGCACCAACAGAAGUAGGUGGUUACCCACAUCCUAAACACCCUGACUUCCGACUUUGGGAUCUACCACCUGUCCCAACCACAUCCCCAUUUGAACCAGAGCGAUACAUGAAUAGAUAUAAGUUCCUACGUUAUAAUGCUGUUUUUAUGACAUUUACUCAAAUAAUCCUAUCCAACAGUGUGGAUGUUUUUUUGGAGGCUCUUUCACUGCAGCGACAAACUGUGUACUUUAUUCUCUUAGCUUCUGUGGAAAACACAGAUAAGAACCUGGAAGAAACGAAGAAAGCAAGCCUGGAAGUACUGAAAUCACAGGGUGUGAAACAGCCUAAAGUCUACCUGGUUAGACCUUCCAAUCUUGAGAAGUGUGACUUUCCUGGCCUCUUGGAAGACAUAGUAAACGACCUUCCUGAGAUCCGAGCCCACGCUCUUCUGCUGGCUUUACCAACACUCACACCAACACUGGUCACCCUGAAAAAGGAGUCAUUUAAAGCACUUAUAUGGGCAGCUGCUUCAAUAUCCGGUGGGAUGUCAGCCAUUCCUGUUCCCCUUGUAGCAUCUAUGGUGGACUCAAGCAUUGCUGUGCGGAUUUUGACAAAAGCCCAAUUAUCUCUGUGUGUUGAUGAUGAAUCGGUUGAGCGUCUGGCCCGACAGCAACAGCUGGAACCAACAAGGCUUAAAGAAUUGCGAACUUGUGUGUUGUCAGUGGAGGUCACUAAAGUGGAGAUUAAAAGAAGGCUUGCAGCAGCGGAGAAGGACUUGGGUACAGUUUCAUCAAAGUUAGUGGAAAUGGCAUUGCCUAGACAUGCACGCUCAGCCAGCCGCUCCUUCACUGCAAUGCUGCAAGCUUUAAAUAGUGCUAUUGAUGAAAUGGCUGCUGAUGCUGAGAAGAUAGUUGCAGCUGCUUUGGGAGGGGAGAAAUGAAACACUUUUUUAUGUGUAUGCUGUGUCCUGCUUCUGUGUAGGGUAACAUCACUUUUAUGUUAGGAUAUUCCUUUACAGCUUGGGAAAUAAGUAUUGAACACAUCAAUGUUUUGUUUGUAAGCAAAUAUUUUUCUAAUGCUGUUGGCAUGAAAUCCACAUCAGAUAUUGAUAACCCCAGUGAUCCAAACAUACAGAUAGAUCAAAAUAAAUUAUACCGUAAAUGACGAGCAAUAAAAUUGAAAAGCACAGGGUAUAAUUAUUGAACAUGCAUUUUGAAAUGUAAUUGGUCCUCAGAAUAGCUUUUUUGUGUAAUGACCGCAUCAGAACAUCUUCCAUAUGUCAAAACUAAUUGCAGGCAUUUCUCAGGUGUGAUUUUUGACUUCUUCUACACAAACAGUCUUUCUUGAAAGCUCUGGUGAUCUCCAGUCUCUCUUUGGAUUCAUGUUGAGUGAUUGCAACAGCUUUCUUUUCUUUUUAUGAAACCAACUGAAAGUUUCCAUUGGCUCUAUGUUUUGGAUGACAGUAUUGAUGAAAGGUUCACCCCAUUUUAUCUUCAGACUCUGAUCAAGAAUGUCUUGAUAUAUUUCUCCUUUCAUCCUGUCUUCAAUUAUAGGAAGUCAGAAAACACCAUGUCAUGAAAGACAGCCCUAUAUAUAGCAUGGCGUUCUCACUUCCAGACUUCAGUAUUGGUUUGGUGUAUUAAAGGGGAUGCACAAAGGAAUUUCUCUCCAAACAUGGUGUGUGGAGGGGGGCUCAUUUAUUCUUACAAUUUUACAAGAUAAUUUCAGUCUGUAGUCAAACAUUUUUUAUUUUACUUUCCUUUAUCAUGC